UCCCAUAUGAUUUUAAGAAUAACAAUGUGCGUUUAUCAAAUGGAUUUUUCAUGGAUUUAGCAUGCUAGGACCCUGGAUUCGGGGGGAGGAUACAGCCGGUAUGAAAACGUGUUUGAUGGGGCCGCUCCUCACCCUUGUAUUCACAAGUACGUUGCUUUUCUACAAAAUUUGCACAACCAGAUUUUUUAUGUAAUCUGUUAUAAUUAAGUUUAUGAACGAUCAAGCAUAUCCUAACAAAACUGUUGGAUAAUAAGGAAAGCUAUUGAAUAAAGGAAUGAAGUCACAUUUUUAUGAAUUUACUAAACUUAUUUAUUUUCUAAAUGUCAUAAAUCAUAUCAAUACAAGGAGAAAUGGCACCCAAACAUAACUUUGAAGAAAGAUAACUAGUUGAGGUACAAAAACAACAUAAACUACAUUAAACAGCAAAAUGACAACUGUACAGAGAACUUCAAAGCAAAUUCCAAACUCCAUUGAGAUAGAGACCAACUUAGAACAAAAACCACAGCCAUUAAAACCAAUAUUAAAAUUUCGCAAAGGAAAAGAUCUAUGUCUUCAUAGAAAAUUUGUGCCUGAACGAGUCGAUCGUCAUGCUAUGACCCAUGAAGAAUAUGCUAAUUUUCUUGCACAGCCAAAAUGGUCCAGGUCACCAUGGUUCAUGUACCAGAAAAAACAAGAAGAUCCAGAAUAUCAGAGGAAGAAACUUAAGAAAGUAUACUGCAAAUUUAUAGAAAACGGAGAAUCUUAUGGUGUUAAAGAGUCGCGUACACAGAAAUAUACAACUGACAGGAGUAAAAUUUUUUUCCUAAUGAAAGCGAUCAAGUAUGUGCCAUCGGCAAAGGGUAAAAAAAAGAAAAAAUCGCUAUCCAAUAAAUCAGGGACAUUAGCAUUAUGAAACUGUAGUCUGUGGUACUUUCUCCUCAUUCUUGAUGUUCAUUAGGUUCAUGUAUGUAUUAAAUAAGCAUAAUUGUUUCAAUUUUUUAAACAAGUAAUUGUUAACCCUCCUUUACCACGGAGGUAUUAGAUUACUCAUAUACUACUCUUGGGUCGGGUCUGACCGCCAUAUUUUUGAACCAUUUUUUCCCAAAAAAAACUUUGAAGACGUAGAAAAUGGAUACUAAUGUUUC